AUGCUACGAGACGCACGAAUUACACAUUUCAUGUGUUUAGAUCUUUCGGUGGCCUAUCAGAUAUUCAUCGGAAAUAUUUUGAUAUCAAAUAAAGAUAUUAGAAUAGGUGAUUUAGGAUUAAGUAAAUCUGCUACUGAAGCUGGCGUUAAUGAAACCUAUGGAAUUAUUCCUUAUAUGGCCCCAGAGGUUCUUCAAGGGCAAAAAUACACCAAAGCUUCAGAUAUUUAUAGUUAUGGUAUGAUUAUGUGGGAGUAUAUGACAGGUAGAAAACCUUUUUGGGAUCGUGCUCAUGAUACUGAGCUGAUUAUUGAUAUUUGUGAUGGCUUACGUCCUCCAACAGUUGAUAUAGUAGCACCUAAAGGUUAUAUUGAGCUAAUUAAAGUAUGUUGGGAUUCUGAUCCAAGUAAAAGGCCAACGGCUAAGAGCAUUCGGAAUGAUUAUUCUAAUGAAGACGUUCUUGAACUUAAAGUUGAUGAAAUGAGACUUAAAUUAGCUUUCCUAAAAGCUAAUCCUAAUGCUAGUAUUGAGAAGACACUAGAUGGUGAAGAGUUAAAUGCAAAUAAGAUUAUUGUUUUAGAAUGCUUUG